UCUUCUUUGGAGGCACACUUCCUCUCGCUUUUCUUCUUGGAGCUUGCUGCCUUCUCCGGAGACGCUACGCCCGUCAUGUCAGUGACCUAAAAACAAGCUAGAGGACACUAAAGCUGGUGAAAAUGCUCCGUCUGCUCUGCUGUUGCUGCGUCUCCAGCGACAGUCUCAGCGAGAGGCAGCCUUUGUUGCAGCCUGGACUUCCAUCUGAAGUGACUGAAGCUGAGUCAGCCAGACGGCCCCCCUCAGCUCACAAUGAUGCGCCGACAGAGAAAAGGAGUGGAAAGCUGGUGAUGAGGCGGGUGAAUGUGCCAGAGUUGGAUCAGAGAUUUACUGACGUGGCAGAGAUAUUCAAUGAGCAGCAGGAACACCAUGAAGCCAUGCUUGGACACAUCAGAAAGUUGAGACAGAGCUGCGACAGUACAGACGUUGAUAACCUGGCUUUUGCUGAGUGCAUAGGGACCAUCAGGAAGGAGCAGGAGACUACAUACAGGGUGUCUCUGAAGAUGAAGGGCUAUGACUUCUCUCUCAGAUUGGAUCCUGUGGGCCCAGGGGGAGAAACUGAGGAGGAACCACUGCCUCUGAGUCUGCAGAGAGUCCAGAAUGAGUUCAGGGGUAUUUCAGACAGCGCUAAAGCCACCGUCUCAAAGGGUGCCAAACUCCUUCAGCUUAUAGACUGGCUGCUCCGGAGCAGCAGUCAAAUGGUUGAGCAAGUGAAGGGAGCAGCAGAAACAUACCAAGAACAAGGAAGACUGAAUGACAACCUGGAAGAGAAUAUCAAGGAAGUGAGAAGGGCUAAAGAGUUAUCGCAGAAAUACAAGAAACAGGCGGAAGAAGUUUACACUGAAGCUGCACAGAUAGCAGGGAUUGCUGUAUAAUUCCCACAGCUUUUAAAUAGUUCAUUUAAAUGAAAAAAAAUAAUUCACAUAUCUUUUUGAUAUGUUAUUAUCUGGAACAGUUGAAUUACAAGCUUUAGAAAUGUGACCUGUUGUACCAUGCUUGAUGGAAGACCUUGAAAUCUCGAAUUCAAAUUUUUCUUCUAAAUGUUCAUAAAGCAGAACAACAAAAACAUUUUGCAAGUGGGAAACUGGAUGAUAGCAAAGGAUGUUACAUGUCUUUGUUUCUUCUUCUUCUUCUUCUACAAAAAAAACGCUGGUGGACAAAUUUAUUAUCAGCAAAGUGCUCACAGAAUCGAGGUAAGUUUCAGACUUUGCUUCUUGGGUUAAAGAGAAUCAUCUUCAGAGGUUAAAAAUACCACCAGACAAUGUUUUCAGCCGUUCAUCACUAUACCUAGUCAAUUAUCUAUAGAAAUGUUUACUUUUUCAUCAAUUAUGGCAAAUUUCCUUAACUUCAAAAUUACAUAUUAUCUAGGCAUUUUGUUGUUUUUUUUGUAGUUGGCUUAUUGACUUAGAUUAUUUGUUAGCUUAUUUAAUUUACGUUUGUCCUCUUUGUUAUUAUUUCACCUGUGUUAUUUUUUUGUUUCACCACUCUCUUUUUUUUUUUUCUUUUUUUUUUGUCGUUCUGUAUUUUGCUUUAUUUCAGUUUUGUUUUUGUUUCAAUUUUAGGCCUUGGGAAAUCUUCAAAUGUCCAGAUAUUAUUUAAUAGAUUCAAAGACACUUUUAGUCACAUUGUAUUUUUAAAUGUUCAUUUCUUUUUUCUCUCUCCUCCUCUUUACACGAUUCAUGUUGGUCUUCAAUUUAAAUAAUAAUGGCCCUAAAUAUCUUAAAAUGAACUUACUGCAACUGACAAAAGCACUGUUCAGUACCUCAUUUUCAUUUUAAUUGCACUUGUUGGAUUUCUUGCAGGCCUUUUGCGCAUCUUAUGCGCUUCUUUUGCCGCUCAAUGCCCAAAUAUAUUUUGAUAGCAUCAAAAGAGAUUGUCAAAUGUAAGCAUACAGAUAAACACAGAACAACAGCACUAUUAGUAACACUACAAUAAACAACAAGGAAAAAAGUAAAAACAGUACAGCAAACUGGAAAUGUAAAUCUUAACAUGUAAAAAUGCAAUUGUAUAUAUGGUGCUUUUUCUAUUUCACCAAAAUUAAGUUAAUACAAGAAUACAGAAAUCAAUUUAUCCACCCCUUGCCUACAGAUAAAUAUCCCUUGAGGGUCACAAUGAGGACACCCUGACGAGAGCAAAUACAGAAAUAUAUUAACUUAUGUGGUGGUUAUUUUCUUUUUUCUAUCACUUGUAAAUUGCUUUAUGUGUUUUUGACGUAAUUUUAUUUUCAAUAUUUGUGGUAUAGUAUAAUUAUGAGAAAAUCUGAGGCCCAUAUAUUUUUUUAGACCACAUAUUUUCAGCUUAUCUACAUAUCUUACGCCUACCAGUAACCUACCUGUGAUCAAUUUUCUUAAGCAUGUAACUAAAACAAAACAGAAGGGGGCAGCAGAGAGUCACCUUACAGCUUGGUCUUUGUUACAUUUUUAGAUUUCACUGUCUGGAUUAAUAAAAUGUCGAUUUUCUUAAUCCAUUUAUUUUAUAAUAAAUAUGCUGAUAUUUGUGGUUUUA